GCGGCUCGCUCCCUCCUUCGCGCUCUCUCGCUCUCCGCCGCCGCCCGCAGGGCUGCGGGGCUCGGAGGCAUCUCUCGGGCGCGGCCCGCUGUCCUCGCCCCUGCCUCCGGGCCGCUCCCGCCCCUGGCGCCGCUCGCUUCCCCCCACCCGGACUCCCCCAUGUAUGACGACUCCUACGUACCCGGGUUUGAGGACUCGGAGGCGGGUUCAGCUGACUCCUAUACCAGCCGCCCAUCUCUGGACUCAGACGUCUCCCUGGAGGAGGACCGGGAGAGUGCCCGGCGCGAAGUGGAGAACCAGGCUCAGCAGCAGCUCGAAAGGGCCAAGCACAAACCUGUGGCAUUUGCUGUGAGGACCAAUGUCAGCUACUGUGGUGUCCUGGAUGAGGAGUGCCCAGUCCAGGGCUCUGGAGUCAACUUUGAGGCCAAAGAUUUCCUGCACAUUAAAGAGAAGUACAGCAAUGACUGGUGGAUCGGGCGGCUAGUGAAAGAGGGCGGGGACAUCGCCUUCAUCCCCAGCCCCCAGCGCCUGGAGAGCAUCCGGCUCAAACAGGAGCAGAAGGCCAGGAGAUCCGGGAAUCCUUCCAGCCUGAGUGACAUUGGCAAUAGACGCUCCCCUCCUCCAUCUCUAGCCAAGCAGAAGCAAAAGCAGGCGGAACAUGUUCCCCCAUAUGAUGUGGUACCCUCCAUGCGGCCUGUGGUGCUGGUAGGACCUUCUCUGAAAGGUUAUGAGGUCACAGACAUGAUGCAGAAGGCUCUCUUUGACUUCCUCAAACAUAGGUUUGAUGGCAGGAUCUCCAUCACUCGCGUCACAGCUGACCUCUCUCUGGCAAAGCGAUCUGUGCUCAACAAUCCCGGCAAGAGGACUAUCAUUGAGCGCUCCUCCGCCCGGUCCAGCAUUGCUGAAGUACAGAGUGAGAUCGAGCGCAUAUUCGAGUUGGCCAAAUCCCUGCAGCUAGUAGUGUUGGAUGCUGACACCAUCAACCACCCAGCUCAGUUGGCCAAGACCUCACUGGCCCCCAUCAUCGUCUUCGUCAAAGUAUCGUCACCCAAGGUACUCCAGAGGCUCAUCCGCUCCCGGGGGAAGUCACAGAUGAAGCACCUGACUGUACAGAUGAUGGCGUAUGACAAGCUGGUUCAGUGCCCACCAGAGUCAUUUGAUGUGAUUCUGGAUGAGAACCAGCUGGAGGAUGCCUGCGAGCACCUGGCUGAGUACCUAGAGGUUUACUGGCGGGCCACCCACCACCCAGCCCCUGGCCCUGGACUUCUGGGCCCUCCCAGUGCCAUCCCUGGACUCCAGAACCAGCAGCUGCUGGGGGAGCGUGGUGAGGAGCACUCACCCCUGGAGCGGGACAGCUUGAUGCCCUCGGAUGAGGCCAGCGAGAGCUCCCGCCAAGCCUGGACAGGAUCCUCACAGCGUAGCUCCCGCCACCUGGAAGAGGACUAUGCAGACGCUUACCAGGACCUGUACCAGCCUCACCGCCAACACACCUCGGGGCUGCCUAGUGCUAACGGCCAUGACCCUCAAGACCGGCUCCUAGCCCAGGACUCGGAGCACAACCACAAUGACCGGAACUGGCAGCGCAACCGGCCUUGGCCCAAGGAUAGCUACUGACCGCCUCCUGCUGCCCUACCCUACCCUGGCAGGCACAGGCGCAGCUGGCUGGGGUGCCCACUCCAGGCAGGUUGGAGGUAGACUGGCAUUAGGCUGGCACUAGGCUCAGCCCCCACAACCCCCUGCCCAGCCCCAGCUCUAGGGCUGCCUGUAGUCCCAAGGUUCUGGGAGAAACAGGGAGCCCCCUCACCUUCUGGGCACAGUGACUCCCCUAGGCUCCUAUUCCAGGUACUAGCAGUGUGUUCUGCACCCCUGGCACCUUCCUCUCCUGCACAAGAAGCUGUCCCAUUGGGCAGUGCCCUCAGGCCAGGAUCCCCUCGGUAGGGGCCUUCCCACAGACUCAGGGAAGGGAUGCCUCCUCAAAGUGACAAGAAGGUGGGGUAUGGGCAGUAUGGCAUGAGGGAGAAACAAGGUCCUUGAGCAGGCACAGGUCCUAAUAGUCAAGGGACUCGGGGGCUGUGUUUUGCGGUCUGAGGCCUCCACUCACCUCACUGCCACAUGUUAGAAAUGAGACAACCGAAGCCCACCAGGGUGGCUCCCGUCUGAAAGCUGCAGUGGGCAUCCACACACAAGACUGGAGCAGCAGGCAGGCUAGGCUGG